AUGGGUAGAUUAAUUGGGUUAGAGUUAUACAACUUCAAGUCCUACAAAGGGAAAACUUCCAUCGGAUUCGGGACUUCCUUUUUCACAUCAAUCAUUGGACCUAAUGGGUCCGGGAAAUCCAACAUGAUGGACGCGAUCUCGUUUGUCCUUGGUGUCAAAUCAUCACAAUUACGGUCUCAGAAUUUAAGCGAUUUGAUAUAUCGUGGUAGAAAAGAAAAUGUCGAUGAAGACACUACCAUUAAUCUGACCGACCAAGAUCCUACUACUGCUUAUGUCAUGGCUGUGUAUGAAAAAGACAGUGGUGAGAUUUUGAAAUUGAAACGUGCUAUAACUGUCAGUGGAACUAGUGAUUAUCGGAUUAACGGUCGUUCCGUGACAUUGUUGAACUAUAGCAAGGUCUUGAAACAAGAGAAUAUCUUGAUUAAGGCGAGAAAUUUCUUGGUUUUCCAAGGUGAUAUCGAACAGUUGGCUUCUCAAUCACCCAAGGAUUUAACUAGUACAAUUGAACAAAUCAGUGGAUCCGAUGAGUAUAUCCAAGAAUUUGAAAAAUUAAAGGAAGAAAGUGAACGUGCUCGUGAGUUUUCUUCUUCUGUAUUUACGCGUAAGAGAACAUUGAACUCGGAAUCUAAACAAUAUAAAGAGCAAUUGGCGGAACAACGUGAAUUUGAAGAAAAAUUGGUACUCAAGGGAGACGCCAUUAAAAAAAUUCACUUGUAUAAGCUCUACCACAAUGAAAAGAAACACGACUUGCUUAAACAGGAGAUCAAGGAUAAGAAGAAUGAGUUGAAGGAACGUAAGCGAGAUUUGCAGACUAAAGAAAAAACCUAUGAAACCAUCAUGUCUGAGUAUUCUUCCGUCGCCCUUGAUUUGAAACGUAUCAAGCAGAAAAUAGACACCAGUGAUAUGAAAGUUGAAUCCACUAAACGUGAUUUAAUUCCUAUUGAAGCCACCAAGCGAGCCUUGGCUUCUAAAAUUUCAUCCAGAAGGACCAAGAUCAAGGAUUUAGAGAAAGAUAUUGCUAAUCAAAAGCAACAAGUAUCAGUCAUAGAAAGUCAAUUACGAGAUGCUGAACGUCUUAGUCGCGAAUUUGAGCAAUCCAAUGUUGAUAGUGAUAUUUCCAUAUCUCCUGAAGCACAAAGGGAGUAUUCUGAAUUAAGAUCCAAAUUCUUGGCCACUGACGAAUCAAGAUUAGAACAAGAUUUAACUCUUUUGUCUAAUGAAAAGGAAAAGAUAAAUGCUAAUAUCGUCAACAUACAAAGUCAGAAAGAACAUGCUGAAGCCACAGUUCGAGAAAUUGAAUCUUUAGUCGUCAGUGAAUUGAAAUCCAAGUAUGAUGAUAUCAACACGGAAAUCAACAACACUCUCGAAUUAAAAGCUCAAAAGGAAGAACUUCGUAAAUCUUUAAUCAAAAAGAAGAAUGACUUGGAAAGCAAGAGGAAGCAAUUGGAUAUCCAAUAUUUUGACGUGUUGAGCAAAAUCAAUGAAUCUCGUGCACAACAGCAAGAAUCCUCUAAACAAAAACAAUUACGAGAAAACGUGUCUAUGCUUCAACAAUCGUUCCCCACUGGUGCUGUCAAGGGAUUAGUCUAUGAACUAGUCCGUCCUUCUGCGUCUAAAUACGAGCAGGCAUUGGCUACUAUGUUAGGACGUAAUUUUGAUGCUAUUAUUGUGCAAACCUCCGCCGUGGCCCAUAAAGCCAUUGAAAUGUUGAAAGAAAGACGAGCAGGUGUGGCUACAUUCAUUCCCUUGGAUACCAUUGACGUAGACCCAGUUAACUUGCACCAUCUCAGAUCAUUGGCUACUCCAGGGUUAGAUAUUAUGGAAUAUGAGGAUAAGUCACUUGAGAAUGCCAUGAACUAUAUCGCUGGUGAUGCAUUGAUUGUGGAAAACAUGACGGUUGCAAGACAAUUGAAAUGGACCGGUGGUUCGCGUGUUCAAAACAAGUUGAUCACAUUACAAGGGUCCGUGAUUCACAAAUCAGGAUUCAUGACUGGUGGUGGCUCUUCUCAAAAGUCAACUGUGGUGUUGAAUUGGGAUAAACGAGAAUUGUCAAGGUUGAAUGAAGUCAAGGAUGAUUUGGACAUUCAAAUUAGGAAAGUUGAAGAUGAAAUGCCAACCACGGCUGAAAUCAGUUCAUUGACCGAUGAAAUUUCUCAAUUUGACAACAAGUUGGUGGUAUUGCGUGAUGAGCGGGAUAAUAAGGAACGUGUGAUCAAGGAUAGGGAAUCAGAAAUUGAAUUCCAAAAGAGUUUGUCUCUUGGGUUUAUCGAUGCUAUUGCUCAAAAGCGUAACGAGCUUAAGAAGUUGGAUGUUAAGAUGAAGCAUAUCAGUGAUGAAAUAAAACUCGCUAAAGAAGACAUCUUUGGUGAAUUCUGUGAAAAAUAUGGGUUUGUUAAUGGUAUUGAAGAUUAUGAAAAGACUCAUGGUAAUACUCUUAGAACUAGAGCAAAGGAAAGAGUUCAAUACUCAAAGGCUAUAUCUACAUUGGCAAAUAAACUAGAAUUUGAACAAGAAAGAUGUAAGAAGACACAAGAAAGGAAAGCAAGCUUGGAAAGCAAACUCGUGGAUUUAGAACAUGAGUUUGAUGAAGUGUUAAAAGCAAAGACUGAAUUAGAAGAAACUUUAGAUUCAACUGAAGCAGAAAAUGAAGUCAUGAAACAAGAGUUGAUAACCAUAACCAAUUCCACUCAAGCUAAAUUGAAAACAGCCAAAUUGAUUGAAUCUGAUGUUCAAGAGGCACAAGCUGAAUUUGAUAGCACGAACAGAGAACUUUUACAAAUUGAAGAACGAUUAUUGAAGGUUGAUUCUGAACGAGCUACUGCGUUGGUCAAUUGUAAGAUUGAAAAUAUAAACUUGCCAUUGAAUGACGGUGAUUUGGAAAGUAUACCUGUUGGUGAAAAGUCGCAAGAAGCAAUUGACGAGAUUUACAAGUUGGAAAUUGAUUAUUCAUUGCUUGAUGAACGUUUCAAAGAAGCAUACAAUAUUCAUCUUGAGUCAGAACUUGCAGCAUCGUUACAAACCAUCCUUGACCAAAUUGAGCAAUUAACCCCCAAUGCCAAGGCACAGGAGAGAUUGCAGGAAGUGCAAGCUAAACUCACGGAACAAGAUCGAGACUUCACUGUUGCCAGGCAAAGGGAACGACAAAUCAACAAAAAAUUCGAAGAGAUUAAGGAAGAACGUCAUAAGAAGUUCAUGGAUGCAUUCAACCAUAUAUCUUCCCAAAUCGACGGUAUCUACAAAGAGUUGACUAAAUCAGCCGUAGCACCAAUGGGUGGAUCUGCCUACUUAACUUUAGAAGACUCAGAGAUGCCAUAUUUGUCUGGGAUUAAGUAUCAUGCUAUGCCGCCAAUGAAAAGAUUCCAAGACAUUGAAAACCUUUCUGGUGGUGAAAAGUCCAUGGCAGCAUUGGCAUUGUUGUUUGCCAUCCAUUCGUACCAACCAUCACCAUUCUUUGUUCUUGAUGAAAUUGAUGCUUCGUUGGAUUAUGCCAAUGUUAUGAAGAUUGGGAACUAUAUUCGUAAGAACGCAGGGCCAAACUUCCAGUUUAUUGUUAUAUCGUUGAAGAAUUCGUUAUUUGAGAGAUCAGAUUCGUUGGUGGGUAUAUAUAGAGAACAGAGGGAGAACAGUUCCAAGACUGUUUCUUUGGAUUUGAGAGAUUAUCCCGAAGAAGAAGUAGCUCUAACUGCCAGUGUAUAA